AUGGCUACUGCUUCCAAUCUUGAUGAUAUUCUUCAAUGUCCAAUUUGUUUAGAAAUCUUCUAUGAUCCUAAAGUUCUCGAUUGUCAACAUACAUUUUGUGCCAAUUGUCUAAAAGUACAUCUAUCAUCGCCAAAUACAUCGCAGACUGUCAACGCAAUUGACUGUCCAAUAUGCCGUCGACGAUCAAACUUAAUCAAUAAUUCAAUUGAUAGUCUACCGGGAAAUUAUAUUGUACGUGAUAUAAUUGAACGACAGUAUGGAAGAACAACUCCUGAACGUCCCAGUGGUUACAAUCAACAAAUUCAAGAUCGUAUAAAAAAGUUGCAAAAAUCAAGUGAUGAAGAAAAGAAUGAAACUAAUUAUUCUGAUUAUGUAAAGCCAGCAGCUGCUGCUCUUAUUGGUGUACUUGGUGGUCUACUGUUAGCAAAAGGUGUUAAAAAACUAUGUGACAAUGAUAAAAAACAAAAUGACCAAUGA